GGGGAGGAUAUUGAGCAGUAGCCCCAACUCCUCGCUGCUGUUGUGAUUCAUUCUUUUGCAACUCAAUUUGCUCUUGGGGGCCUUGUCAAACGAUUACCCACAAGAGUUCAGGGCACCACCCGCACUUGCUUUGUGCCAAAUGCUCCAUGCAUGUGGGAUUCCAUCUGUCCGCUUGUUUCUAGGCUGUUCAGAGCUGCUGCAGGGUGGGAGUCAUCGACUGGGCUAAGCUUCUGGAGGCUUCGCGGUCAGGACUCUCGCACCUCUGGACACCGGGAGCGAGUUUGUCGGGUUAGACUCUUUCAAGGUGGAGCUCGCAGUUGUAAGGCUCUUUAAUAGGCCGGAAUUGGUAAAUCAGGUGGUCUGGGAAGGUUAGAGAUGGAGGAGGAUAAGGCUGCAUGCAGUGGGGGCCCGAGGAGGCGCGUCAUCUCUGUCUCUGCAGGCGCCAGCCACACUGUCGCCCUUCUUUCUGGCGACUUGGUUUGUUCAUGGGGUCGGGGUGAAGAUGGGCAGCUCGGGCAUGGAGAUGCUGAAGAAAGGCACCUGCCCCUUGUCAUUAGUGCACUUGAUGACUGUGAGAUAUCCUCCAUUACAUGUGGAGCUGACCACACUACUGCUCGCUCCGAGUCCACCAGAACCGUGUACAGCUGGGGUUGGGGAGAUUUCGGGAGAUUAGGGCACGGGAAUUCUAGCGAUUUGUUCAUACCACGAGCUAUAAAGGGGCUUAAGGGCCUUGAAAUCAAACAGAUUGCUUGUGGUGAUAGUCACUGUCUUGCUAUCACAGGUGAUGGCGAAGUGCACAGCUGGGGUCGGAAUCAAAAUGGACAGCUUGGUCUUGGACACACUGAGGAUGUGCUAGUCCCUAAUAAAGUGGCGGCCUUCGAGGGCAUAGCGGUGAAGAUGCUGGCAGCUGGAGCUGAGCACACGGCAGCAGUAACAGAGAGUGGGAAACUGUAUGGGUGGGGAUGGGGUCGUUACGGAAACCUCGGUUUAGGUGAUCGGAAUGACCGCCUUGUUCCUGGCGAAGUCGCCGCUGUUCCUGGGGAGAAAAUGAAUUUGGUGGCUUGUGGAUGGCGACACACAAUAGCCGUUGCUAAUUCGGGGAACUUGUACACAUUCGGAUGGAGCAAGUAUGGGCAACUGGGUCAUGGUGAUUUUGAGGACCAUCUUGUGCCACAUCAAGUCCAGGCCUUAAAAAAUAAAACCAUUCAAGCUGUUUCGGGAGGAUGGCGGCAUACUGUCGCAUUAGAUGAAGAUGGGGAGCUGUAUGGAUGGGGCUGGAACAAGUUUGGCCAAGUUGGAUGUGGGAAUACUGAUGAUCAUAACUCUCCAAAAUUAAUCACUGGUAUUGUCAAUGAGAAAGUUACACGAGUCACGUGUGGUUGGAGACAUACUGUGGCAAUAACGGACAGAGGCAACGUUUAUAGUUGGGGCCGAGGCACAAGUGGCCAACUAGGUCAUGGCGAUGCCGUUGAUAGGUGCGUCCCCAAAAGAAUAGAGCUCCUGAGUGCAGACGGCCUUGCCUGUCAAGGGAUAGAAAGCUCUCCAUCUGGGAACUGUGCAAGUUCCAAUUGGAUUUCGCCUGCUGAGAGAUACGCUGUAGUACCUGAUGAGACAAUUGGUCCACUCACUAACCGUCUUCACCAAACCAACUAUAUGGAUGGAGAGCUGCUCGUUCCAAACGCAGUUUUAGGAUCUUCUAGGGAUGCAAGUGUGCCAGAUUCCGACAAGACAAAGCGGCUCCGAACAGCCCUUUGAUGGACCUUCAAACUUGGAAAUGGCAGCAGUGAGUGUUUGUACACCAUAGAUUCCAAGUCAGGGCAGUGCAGGGGAGAUUGAGUAUUCUGAAGCAUCAACCUUUCAAACUCUGAUCCCUGAGACCAAAACUUCUCAACCGAAAUGGUUCAUUUUUGCACUGGCUUGAGUUAUAUACAGAUCUUCAUUCAACUCUGAGGCCUCCAAGACCUGGUGCCACUGUAGAAUCAGUUGUAUGGGAUCAACGGUUGGCAAUCGACUCAUUUGAAUAAUACGGUUUCUUUGCGAGCAUUUCUCGGUUCUCAUAUCGUAUUGCAGUAUGUUCUUCUUCAGAGUAGCUUUUGUUUGGAGAAAAAUGAGUGACCCAUAUUGUAAUGUUGGUCGUAUCAGUGUCCUUGUGGGGUGGAAGGACAAGAUGUAGGGAACGAUUAGCAUGCAGGGAAACAAAUGGAUUGUGGAUCAUGAAGAUAGGCCCUUGGAAAAUGGUUAUUGUGGUUUUUUUUGUGAUCCAUGAUGUAGAGUACAAGAGUGUUGGAUAGAAUAUUACACAUCAUUUAGUUUGAGAUAUUAUGCUCAGUAAGGACUCAUUCUUGAACAUGUUUUUAUUGUAAACCAUGUUGUGAAAAUCAAAAGUUCAAAAUUUAAUCAACUUCAA